GCUCCUGAAAGCAGCAGCAGGCUGACUGGCUCUGUGAAGAUGGCGGACUGCAUACGUGUUCCUCUGCUCCUGCUCUUGAUGUGCAUCUUUUUGUUUGUACAUCCGAUUCAAGCUCAAAACAAAGCUAUUUCCAAACUUAUUGCCGGUGUCGAUAAAAUGCAGAACCCAGUUGGAGGUCCGGGGCCCGCGGCGGGGAACCCUGGAGUCGAUGAGAGGAACCAAGGCGCCGGGGCCUCGCUGUCUCGGAGGCGCUCUACCGGCUGGAAGUUGGCUGAGGAGGCGGUGUGCAGAGACGACCUGACCCGGCUUUGCCCCAAACACUCCUGGAACAAUAACCUGGCGGUGUUGGAGUGUCUCCAGGACAGGAAAGAGGACUCUGAAAUCGCUACAGAUUGCAACCAUCUGCUGUGGAACUAUAAGCUGAACCUGACCACAGACCCAAAGUUUGAGUCUGUAGCGGUGGAGGUCUGCAAGACGACCAUCUCUGAGAUUAAAGAAUGUGCCGCGGAGGAGCUGGGGAAAGGUUACCUGGUUUCCUGCCUUGUAGAUCACCGUGGCAACAUCACCGACUACCAGUGCAACCAGUACAUCACCAAGAUGACCACCAUUGUUUUCAGUGACUACCGGCUGAUCUGCGGCUUCAUGGGCAAGUGUCGCGAUGACAUCAACACGCUGAAAUGUGGCAGCAUCAGCACCGGAGAGAAGGACGUCCACUCUCAGGGCGAGGUGAUCGCCUGUUUGGAAAAAGGUUUGGUUCGUGAAGUCGAGGACCAGGCGGGGGCGCACGUCAUCAGGGAGGAAUGUAAAAAGGCCAUCAUGAGAGUCGCCGAGCUCUCCUCCGACGACUUCCACCUGGACCGCUACCUCUACUUCUCCUGCAGAGACGACAGAGAACGCUUCUGUGAAAACACUCUGGCUGGGGAAGGAAGAGUUUACAAAUGCCUCUUCAAUCACAAGUUUGAGGAUUCCAUGUCUGAGAGGUGCCGCGAGGCGCUGACCACCAGACAGAAACUGAUUGCUCAGGACUACAAGGUCAGCUACUCGCUGGCCAAAGCCUGCAAGUCGGACCUGAGGAAGUACCACUGCAACGUGGACACCAGCAUGCCCCGAGCGAGGGAAGCUCGCCUGUCCUACCUUCUGCUGUGUCUGGAGUCAGCCGUCCAUCGAGGUCGUGUGGUCAGCGGCGAGUGUCAGGGUGAGAUGAUGGAUUACAGGCGGAUGCUGAUGGAGGAUUUCUCUCUGAGUCCUGAGAUCGUGCUGCACUGUCGCAGUGAGAUUGAGAGUCACUGCUCCGGUCUGCACCGCAAAGGACGAACGCUGCACUGCCUAAUGAGGGUCGGCCGAGGAGACAUGGGCGCCAUCGAUCCCAGCUGUCAGAAGGCGCUGCAAACGUUGAUCCAGGAAGCCGACCCCGGGGCCGACUACCGCAUCGAUCGGGCGCUUAACGAGGCCUGUGAGUCCGUCAUCCAGACCGCAUGCAAACACAUCCGCAGCGGCGACCCCAUGAUCCUGUCGUGUCUCAUGGAACAUCUGUACACUGAGAAGAUGGUGGAGGACUGCGAGCACAGACUGCUGGAGCUGCAGUACUUCAUCGCCAGAGACUGGAAGUUGGAUCCGAUCCUGUACAAGAAAUGUCAGUCCGAUGCAUCCCGACUCUGCCACACUCACGGCUGGAAUGAGACCAGCGAGUUGAUGCCACCUGGUGCCAUUUUCUCAUGCCUGUACCGCCACGCCUACCGCUCUCUGGAGCAGGGACGAAGGCUCUCCCGGGACUGCAAGGUGGAGGUGCAGAGGAUUCUCCACCAGAGGGCGCUGGAUGUGAAGCUGGACCCUGAGCUGCAGAGGCGCUGCAUGACUGACCUGGGAAAGUGGUGCAGCGAGAAAACGGACGCCGGGCAGGAGCUGGAGUGCCUGCAGGACCACCUGGACGACCUGGUUGCUGACUGCAAGGAGGUGGUGGGAAACCUGACCGAGAUGGAGUCAGAGGAUAUUCAGAUUGAGGCGCUGCUGAUGAGAGCUUGUGAUCCCAUCAUUCAGGCCCACUGCCAUGAGGUGGCUGAUAACCAGAUCGACUCUGGUGAUCUGAUGGAGUGUUUGGUUCAGAACAAACACCAGAAGGAGAUGAAUGAGAAGUGUGCCGUGGGAGUGACACACUUCCAGCUGAUUCAAGUUAAAGAUUUCCGUUUUUCCUACAAGUUCAAGACAGCCUGCAAGGAAGACGUCCUCAAACUGUGUCCCAACAUCAAGAAGAAGGUGGAUGUCGUGAUCUGCCUCAGCACCACGGUGAGAAACGACACCCUGCAGGACGCCAAGGAGCAGCGAGUGUCUGUCAAGUGUCGUAAACAGCUGCGGGUGGAGGAGGUGGAGAUGUCAGAGGACAUCCGUCUGGAACCGGAGCUGUACGACUCCUGCAAGACCGACAUCGGCAGGCUGUGUCAGAACGUGGCCUUUGGGAAUGCACAGGUUAUCGAGUGUCUGAAGGAGAACAAGCGUAAGCUGAGUUCGCAAUGCCACCAGAAGGUCUUCAAGCUGCAGGAGGUGGAGAUGGUUGAUUCUGAACUUGACUAUCAGCUGAUGAGAGUCUGCAAGAACAUGAUCAGACGCUUCUGUACAGAGUCAGAUGGGAAGAACGUUCUUCAGUGUUUGAAGCAGAACAAGAACAGCGAGAUGAUGGAUCCCAAAUGCAAGCAGAUGAUAACUAAGCGACAGAUCACCCAGAACACAGACUACAGGCUGAACCCGGUGCUGAGGAAGGCCUGCAAAGCCGACAUCCCGAAGUUCUGUGACUCCAUCCUAAAAAAGGCCAAGGAUGAAACCGAGCUGGAGGGUCAGGUCAUCUCCUGCCUCAAACUUAAAUACGCUGACCAGCGUUUGUCUCCUGACUGCGAGGAUCAGAUCCGGGUCAUCCUGCAGGAGUCGGCGUUGGACUACAGACUGGACCCUCAGCUGCAGAUCCAGUGUGCAGAAGAGAUCUCCAGUCUGUGUACAGAGGAGGCAGCAGCUCAGGAGCAGACAGGACAGGUGGAGGAAUGUCUGAAAAUCAACCUGCUGAAGCUCAAGAAGGAAGGAUGUAAGAAGGAGGUGUUGAACAUGCUGAAGGAGAGUAAGGCGGACAUCUAUGUCGACCCCGUCCUUCACACGGCCUGCGCUCUGGACAUCAAACACCACUGUGCUGCCAUCCCACCUGGCAAAGGACGCCAAAUGUCGUGCCUGAUGGAAGCGCUGCAGGACAAACGUAUCCGUCUGCAGCCCGAGUGCAAGAAGAGACUUCAGGAUCGCAUCGAUAUGUGGAGCUACGCUGCCAAGGUGGCACCUGCUGAGGGACUUGGGGACUUGGCCAUGCAGGUGAUGACAUCGCCGUCCAAGAACUACAUCCUGACCGUGAUCUGUGCCGGUGUGGCGCUGCUCUUCAUGAUGGGGCUGUUCUGCGGCAGGUUCACCAAGCGAGUCACUCAGGAGCUCAAGGACAGAUCCAGGAUGUAGAGCAGCCUGAAGCCUGAGCUUUCCAGUUAUUGUACAUACACUGGCCUCGUUAUUAGAAACAUUGUAAUUUUUUUUUUUUUUUUUUUUUUUUUUUACAUGAACAUCCAUCAGUUCAACAGAAGUUGUGUAGGUUCACCUGAGGCAGUGUCGAGCAGCAGAAUGCAGUUCCGCCAUUGUCAACUUGAUGCCGACUCCAGCAUGAGUCAGUGUUCAAGGUUACCGCAGAAAUAAAAAUGUUUAAAGCUUGUCACAAAAAUCAUUUUGAUCUCUGUAGAUGGUUUCUCCUUCAUAGCUGCACUCUGGGUAAAUUCAUUCGUAGCUCACCUGGUCCGACUUUGUGAAGACUUAAAGUUAGGCGUGAGGGUGCUUUGAGGGUGUGCCGACACUGGUAACUAAUUGGAAUCACUGAGCUCUGGAACGUGUUUCGGGUGUCUUCUCCUUUGAUGAUGAUGAUGAUGAUGAUGAUAAUGAAUAUGACUUUGACGUGCAGGUAAUUCUUCUAACAAACCAUCCAACAGGUCUCUGCUUUAGUAAUCGUGGCAUUGUCUUUAUUUUUUCGCUUGUUACUUGCCACUAAUGACUCUGUUACUGUAAAGUUGUCUCAACAGCAUUUAACAAAGCAUGAGAUAUUGCCAGGUGCAUACCAGUUUUUACCACGAGAUGGGGCAACAAGGCAAGAGAUUAAGAGCAUGUUCUUAGUCUCUUAAGGGAAGGCAGAAACAUUUCAGUACACCCCCUGGAAGAAUUCUGCCCCCUGGUGGUGAAAGUGUUACAAAUGUUACCUUUAACACUAACUCGCAGGUUAUGCACACUCACACAGUUUACAACUCUCCCCUCUCGUCCAGAUACGGUCACUCUGGCUCUGUAAAAGCAUAUACACAGACAUAUAUAGUUUCUGUAGGUUCUGUAGAGGAGGACGGAUUGCUCGGAGGGCGUGUUUGCGACGCUCAGCCUGCAGGUCGAUGCCCGAGGAGGCGUUCAGUCUCAUAUAAACACGUGUGAGCAAACACUAAAUCGAGGGCCUCUCCUCUCCCUGCGUGAGCUGAUCACAUGUGUAUGAUACUGAGUGACGAUAACUUACUGUAAACUACAUGUACCGUUCCCCUUCUAACUGUUGAAGCUUGGCGUGGUGAGCGCUGCCCUCUCUGCUUGUAAAUGAGACGUUCUGCUUCAUUGAAAUGCCUUUUUUCCAUCAGAUUUUGUUUGUUUUUAAAUCGAAGUGUGCCUAACCGCCGUCCCGCUGUACAGGACAUCCCAGACGACCUGUUGCACCCAACAGAGGGUGACGUGUGGCGUAUUUGACCGAUCUUUUUGUAAAACUCUCUUGUUUGUUUGUUUGAAUCCAUUGAGCUCCUGAUUGGUUUGGGGUUUUUUUGUCCACUUUUUUUCUUUUGUUGUUGUUGUACAGAUGAAAAAUUGGACAGUUUGUUAAUGAUAAUAAUAAAGUCUGCAAGGUUUCUA